AUGUCAACCGAUGUUGUAUGCGUCGGCGUAAUGGUCGCUGAUGUAUUAGCAGAUGGUGUUGAUAACGGAAUUUUCGAUCGUGAUAUUACUCGUGUUUCAAUGGUAAAGCUUGCUACAGGUGGUGAUGCAUUUAACCAAGCUAUAAACAUUUCUGCACUCGGAUAUAAUGUUAAAUUAUGCGGUAAAGUUGGUCAAGAUGGUGUUGGCACUUAUCUUUUAGCUGAAGGCGCAAACCACCACAUAGAUAUGUCUUCUGUGAAGACAACAAAUGAAUAUCCGACAUCAAUAUCCAUAGUACUUAUCAACAAAAAUGGCGAAAGAAACUUUAUCGGAAACGCACGUGGUACAAACAGCUCUCUUUGUUCAAAUGAUAUCGAUAUCUCCUGUUUCAAAGGAGCCAAGAUUGUAUCAUUAGGUAGUCUUUACGGAAGCCUCUCUCUAGAUGGAGAAGCCGCUAAAUAUGUUCUUUCUCAUGCAAAAGAAGUCGGAUGUAUCACAGUUUCAGAUAUGAUGCAUGCUGAUCGCCAUUCACUUGAAGAUGCUAAACUUUGUUUACCAUAUAUAGACUAUUUCCUUCCUAACUUCGAAGAAGCUUCACAACUUACAGGAAAGAAAGAUUUGAACGAAAUUGCAGAUACUUUACUUUCUCUUGGCGUCAAGAAUGUUCUUAUCAAACUUGGCCGUGAUGGUGUUUUCAUCAAGAACAGUCAGCUUUGCACAAAAGUUCCUGCAUAUCUUACUGAACCAAUUGAUACAACAGGAGCCGGAGAUGCCAUGGUUUCUGGAUUUAUCAGUGGUUUACUUGAUAACUGUGAUAUUGUUGAUGCUGCAAAGAGAGGUUGUGCUGCUGGCUCAAUUGCUGUGAGAUCAAUUGGCGCCACAGGAGGAAUUCACUCCAAAUCACAACUUCUUGAAAUAACAAAUCCAGAACAGCACUAA